AUGCUUAUACCCAGUAAACUAUGUGUACCAAUUAAAUUGGGACAAAAGUGUAACUAUGACGAGGAUUGUAGAAAAAUAUACUAUGCGAAAUGUUCAGAAAAUAAAGAAUGUGUGUGUAAAUCAAACUACGUUAAAGUUAAUCAAACAUGUGCUCCAUUAUUAGGCGAAUAUUGUUGGAAUAGUGAACAAUGUAUUACGGUUAAUUCUGAUUGUAUUAAUCAUAAAUGUCAAUGUAAAUAUAAUUACAGAGAACGAUUUGACAAAUGUGUUCCAGAAUUCUUAGAAGUAUUUUGUGAAAUAGACCCACAUUGUGAAAUAAUACCGAAUGCUAAAUGCGCAAAAAACAAAAAAAAAUGUGUUUGUAAACGUGGUUAUGUACAAUAUAAUAAAUUAGUUUGUGUACCAUUAUUAGACGAAUUUUGUCUUUCUGAUCAACAUUGCCAUUUUAAUAAUUCAAUUUGUGUUAAUAAUAAAUGUUCAUGCCAACCUAACUAUGUUCAAGAACUCAAUGACAAAUGCUUACCGUGUAAGUAUACUUCACGAAUACUGUAG